GUGUUGGCUAACAGCUCAAUUGGUUAAUUUGGCGUCUGUUGUUGUUGCGUGCAGCACAUAAAUAAAUAGCAAUUACAAGCUUUGAAAUGUCUAACGCGGACGAAUUUUACCCAGAUAUAGAAGCGUGGUGUCGCCUUUGCCUGAACGAACACAAGGAUGCCUACACCAUAUUCGCCGACGACGAUGCACAGCUCUCAAUACCGAUGCGACUGAUGGCUUGCCUCUCGCUGGAGGCGAAGUCAACUGAUGGCUUGCCGAAAAGGAUAUGCGGCGAUUGUCGCUACCAGCUGGAAAAAUCAUUUGUCUUUCGUCAGCGUAGCCAGGCGGCUGAUAAGAAGCUGCGCAAGCACAUCCGCCUGGUUAGCAUGGGUAAGAAGAGCCGGGUCUUUGCCAAGCAGUUGGAUGACUCGGACGAGGAUGAGUUGGAGUUCGAAGAGUCCACGGCAUUCAUAGAACAAAUGGAAGAUGAGCACGACAAGCGAUCGCAAAAGUGGCGCAAAAAGUACAAGCAAGACAUAGAGAAGGAGUUCGCCAGUCGCCUCGAAGCCUCUCGAGAGCAACUGACUGGUGAUCUUCGCAAGCAGCUCAUGGAGGAAGUGCGUAGCGAUGUGCGUCUGCAACUGCGCGACGAGGUGCAGGAGGAGAGUCGCAAGGAACAGCUUGCCAAACUCUUGGGUGAACUUGAAGUUUUUCUAGUCGAAAAGAAAUCGGGUCUAUGGCAGCCACUCGGUGAACUGCCACCUGAACCCAAGGCCAAUAGCCAAUCGCUUCCUGUAUCUCCACCAACAGAAGCGCCUACACUAACAUCGGCACCAACACCAGCAAUUAAACCGAGCCCAACGAUUGAGCCGCGUCAACUGCGCAAACGUGAACGUAACUCAUCGCCCACCGUUCAAUUGAAGCGUUGUCAGAAACUAUCGGAAAGUCAAGAUACGGAAUUUGUGCUGGAAACCGAUUCGAAAGUGGAUCAAAUUUCGGUGGGUGAUACCUCGGAGGGUUUCCCCGAUAUUAAAAUGGUCGGCGCUGGCGAUAUUGUAACCAGUAAAAAUGGUGAAAUCUAUAUUAUUAAUGCCGGCUCCACGGCACCCACAUCCACAUCCUCAAUAGAAUUUCGGCAGGAUAAGAGCAUUACAUCCUACAACAUUAAGGAUAAUGGGGACAUACAGUUUACUGAUGCGAAAUCUGAGGAUUUAGGUGAUGUUGUGGUUUUUGAUCUUCAUGCUGAUGUUGGCGACGAACAGCAGCUGUAUGAGUUCAACGACAAUGUCAUCAUAUUGUCAAACGAAAAGACGACCAAUGAUAUCCCAACUCCCGUCAAACGUUCGAAGAACGAUUUCGUCUUGAAGCGAGCACCGCGCAGCACCAAACCGAGCAUUGGACGUGUUAGCGAUACGUUGAAGACCUUUCAGUGCCAGCUGUGCCCCAUAGCGUUUGCCACAGAGAAACUGCUGUCACGCCAUCUCAGCACACAUAUCAAAGCGCUUAAGAACGGCAACGGUGGCGCCCUUCGGUGUCCCGUUUGCGAUCUGCAGUUAUCCUGUGCCAGUUCGCUUAAGCGUCACAUGAUCAUCCACACGGGCCUCAAGCCAUACAAAUGCGAUGAGUGCGAUUUGUCCUUUUCGCAGCGUGAAGUGCUCAAGCGACACAUGGAUAGGCAUACGGGAACCAAACGGCAUCAGUGUCCACAGUGCGAGACGUGCUUUGCGCAAAAGACCAAUCUGCAGCAGCAUGUCAAUCGCAUGCACAGCAAGGACGGCGAGCGUCAGCACAAGUGUCACCUGUGCAAGAGUAGCUUCAAUCAUGUCUCGGGUCUCAGUCGUCACCUGGUGACCCAUGCGGGCGUCACGUUCGCCUGCAAGGAGUGCGGACGACAGUUCAACGAUCGCAGCGCUGUCCAGCGGCAUCUGCAGAAUGUGCACAAGAUUAAGGAUGAAUGUGCCGAGUUAGCCAUCGUUGGCAAUGCCAGUGAGGCGGAGUUUGAAUAAGCUGUCUAGUUAUAGUAUAGGUGCAUCUAAUUACAUUUUAAACAGUGAACUAGCUAAUUAUUUAAAUCAAAUUUGUCUUCACAAAUUUUGCAAUUUUUUUCGAAAUUCUUUGUCAAGAGCUCACAAUUUAAAUUUUUUUGGCACGAAAGUUUAACAAUUUUCUUUAUUGGUUUGAAACUGUGGAAAUAAAGCACGAAAAACACUUGAUGACAAGCCAUGCGCAAGAUAUACGUGUAUCGUUAACAAAGAACAGAUUUGGAACAGUUUCAACAUGAUGCGGUAGCUUAAUAUAAGAUAGCUAACUACAUAGACAUAUGGUAUACAUACAGUUAUAAUAUCGUUUAAUAUAAUACACAUAACAGAAUUGUACAAUACGCUUUAGGCAAAUACAUUGUACAUACAUAUAUUUAAACAUUUUUAAACAAUAAACAUUCAUAUAA